AUGCCUCCAAAAAGAAAGAACUUCAAAGGCCGUAGUCCUAAUGUACUACGGUACAUCGAAAGCUGUGGAAAUGAGGAAGAUAUUGGGAGCUUUCUAUCGUCCAAUCUCGCAGCGGGCGCAAGGCUCGCGGCAGAAAACGAAAGCCAGGCACACGACGAGAAAACGAGUCAGACCUAUGAGCUCCGGCUCAUGUCUUUGGAGCAGUUUGCUCAGCAAAAUGGAGAUGAUGCUGUGUUGUUUGGGCCUAGUAAAAGGCCCUUUUUGGCGGCAACAAUCCAGACCUACAUGCGUAAGUUUGUCGGUUUUAUGCUUCUCUGCUUGUAUGGUGGGUGUGAUUUUUUUAAAAAAAAAAAAAGUAGUGAAGUCGUUUAAUUCAGUAGCGAGAUAACACAAGAAAAUGUCGAAACAUAUUUUCGUCUUUUCUUAAUUCAUGUGCGACUUGAAAGAGUAACGUUACUUUAAUGUUCUGUGAAUGUAGCCGAUCGAUCACCCCGCUACUUAUUAAUAAACUUAGGCUUUUAGAAUGUGACAGCUAAUUUUCGUGCUUGCUAUAUACUGAAUGGUUUAGACGAAUGCGUGGGCCGGCUGUGACGCAGGCUAGCUUUUUGUCUUUAGCACUCGUUUGCUUGUCCCAAAAACCAAGAUCCGGGAACAGGCCAUCUGUGGCAAUUUCAAAGCUGCUAGAAGAAGCUUGCGCCUUGAUUAUUUAAAAAGCAUGGAGUAAUUGAUCCUCUUAUUUCACAACUCUUGAAAACUCAAAAGCUUGGUAGAUUUCACACCUAAAUAUUAAACCGGAAGUUCCGUUCACAAGGCAGGGCUUGGUAAACGGCUGUUCUGAAAGAAAAAUAAAGGAGUUUGGGGGCCGUUACUGUGCUAACCCUUUAAGUCCCAUUGUCAAGAGGAUAUGAAAAUUAACGAAACGAUCACCUGAGGCAAAAUGGUUUGAUCUGUUAUCAAAUUCUCUAAACUUAUUCUUUAAGAAAGGGCUAAUAUACGGCGGAAGCCUUCAGUCUGCGUUUGUCACACACCACUAAAGACGUGUACGCUUUCUUUGGAUUUUCCAUCAGUGAUUUUGUUACCUCUGCGUCCUGUGUCCCUGACGCAUAAAAAUUCCCAAAGACGCACAAAAAGUUCAUGGCAUGGGUCCUGUAGGACGAAAAGAUCAAUUGAUCGAUCUGAGGAUGCUUUUGUAGAAUACCCUGUUUGUGUGAUUUCUGUGUUUGUUGUUUAACAACGCAUAUUUAUUUUAGUCUUAGUUGUGCUUUACAAAAGAAUGUCUGGUCACAUAAAGGCCCAAGCAUUUUCAAUUUCGGACUUGUUGUUUUUUGAACCAAGAUUCAAUUGUUCUGCAGUGGGACUCACCAUAACUACUUGUAAUAAAAUCAAAGGGGAAAUUUUUGUUUGCAAAAAAAAAACUUUUACUGGCAAAUGUAUAGAAAAUUUAAAAAAGUGUUUGUAGCAGAUGUAGCUGCGUGUAGAGCCCUUAAAUUUUUUGUGGUAGAUUAGUUAGGAGUGGAUUUUUAUUCUGCAUUUCUUUUUUUAGAACAGUUGUUUUACAUAAAUUAUUCGACAUUAGAUUGUCAUAGAACAACUGUAAUUUAUCACACAUACGAAACAGCAGUGGAGGAUGCAUUCCCAGGGUCUCUUCAUGUGAAGUGGCUUGGUUGGUCAAGUUAAUGAUGAGUGAGAUCCCUCCUCACUACCAUGAAAUCCUUUUUAAAAAUUUUUGUUCAGAUGUGAAGGCAAGUACAAUUGUUUCAAAACCCUUUGCCAUUAUGAUGUUAUUUAAAGCUGCCAGGGCUUUUUGCCCAAAUAGAAUGUAAGUUUAUGUUACUUGUGGCAGUCAGUAUGCAAAUUGUGCCGCAAACUUGGAUCACUCACACAUAAGUGACCAUUCACAUAAAGUUGGAAUAACAUUUAAAAUAAGUUUAUCCUUUUCUGAUCUCUUGCCAACCAUAUUUUACACUGGGCAAAAUUAUUUCCAUCUAAACGCAAUGGAAGUAAAUCAUGCACAGUCUAGUUACAUAUAGCUUCUUUUAAUUGUUCAGGGUUAUGUACAAUAAAAAAAAUUUAUUGUGUGUCCUUAGAGCAGGUUUCAAUGUAAUAUGCCUGUUGGGCACAUUUGCCCUCAUUUUGUUGACCUCCUUGUUCUGUAUUUAUACUUCACAUGUCAAGCUGGAAUGACAUCGUCGUAUGGUGUGGCUUACUAAUUUAUUUAAAAGCAAACCUUUGUUGUUUAAUUUCUUUCAGAAAUGUUAAGUGAGACAAAAGGCAAGAGACUGGGGACACUCCGCUGCCGUGGCCUUAAACCUCCAGUUGUGAGAGGCCAUGCUGCAGCCUUCACAUAUUGGUUUAAUGUUUUUGGGCACACAGGCCCUUACAGCCAAUCCAUCGAGGUCCUACCAGAUGGGUCCCAAAAAGUUAUUGCCAAAGGGAAUCCUAUGAAUUCCUCAGGUAAAUGAAUUAUUUUCUUCUGUUCAAUUGACGAUCCACAUGCAUGUUAGCUCUUCCUGUGAAUUAUGCCUGGCGAGGGGAAAUUAGCAAAGUGUGGAAUAUAAGCACAUUCUGUCUUAAACAGUCUUCCUCAAAUUUACAGACGUUUCAUCACAUUGGUAGAAAUCUCAGCAAGGCUCUGUUGUUAGUUGUGGUGUUCGUCAUUAGAACAAGUCUUUUUUUAGUGACUUGUGCAGGUCUUUUUCCUUCAGUCAACUUGUGUUGUUUUCAGUUUGCUGACUUUCCACCAUUGGCACUUUUGUUCUUGUACUUUUUUUUGCAACGUUUAUAUUGUACUUGAUGGAUUCUUUAUUAUAUGUCUUAAAUACAGUGUAUUAGUAGCUGCAUAUCACUGCUUAACUCUGACUGCUGAUUUUUUUCUUUAAUGUUACUUCAGUUUUGACAUACAUACACUAAACAGCAAAAAGCAAAAGUACCUAUAAUCACACAUAUUUUGAAAAUAGCCAUAUCAGGGUGUCGAAAAUAUAUUAACUUAAUGUUUGUUUGGAGACCUCUUUGCCUUUAUUGGUCUCUUACAGUUGAAACUGUACAUCUUGUUGUCGCCAAAGCCACAUUUUCUGCAUCUGCAUGCUCAGUUUCUGAAUUGUUGCCAGUAUCUUCUUCCUUUUCAUAAGUCAUCACUAGAAUCAGGUGCUUUGAAUAUAGUUUGAUAAACCCCAUUAAAAGUUAUCACAGUCCAUCUAACCAGCUAUUCAUCCAACCUACUCACUGCUCUUGAAUUUUUAGCGGUAAAACAGACCAUAAAGCAGCUUGUGAGGAGGUCAUCGCGGCCAACAAGAAGAGAUGCGCGUCAAGGGAGGGUGGCAUAUGAGCCUAAAAAGGCCCCUCCAUUUACCCUACAUCAGUUGUUGAGAAUGCGUGAGUACUGCUUCAAGACAAUAGAGGUAAUUAUUUUGAAUUUUAGAAUGUGUAUACAAUGAUCCUGCAGAUGGAUUUAUAAUAACUGUCAUAUGUAAAUAAGUAUUGUGCUAGAAAAUAGCCAGUUACUUUUUUAUAUGAAAUGUAUGGAGCUGUAUAGCUCCAUUUUAUUAUGAGAUCGUCAAAGGGAGUUAACUGAACAACAGUAAGAAAUACAUAAUUAAUGAGAAUAAACAGGACAAGAUAGUUUUCAUCCUUUUUAAACAGCUCUAAAAUUAUGGUAAUUGCAAUAUUUGUAUAAAAGGAAGAUGCCUUCUUAAUUCUUUCUGCUGGGUAUGUUUAUUUGCUUGAGUUAUUAAACUUUACAUAAUAAUUAACAAGUUGUUGCUUGUUUUUAUUCUUUUAAGGGAAUGCGUGGGUUGUGGCUUUGGACCUUGACCUUAUUUUCAUUUGCCCUCUUCCUACGAGGUGAGGAACCUCUACGCCUUAAGCUGCGACAUUUAAAACUGCCUCAAAACUAUGCAGGUAUGUUGUACACUUAUAUACCGGUAUUGACAGUGAAGUGUGGACAACCUUUCCUAGGCAGAAUAAAAUUUGAAUCUAAUUAGCAAUACUUCAAUAUCGAGUUCAUUACAUUUCAACAACAGACCAUUUUAUAGUUUCUGACUUGGUAACUUAGCCUUUGAGGGAAUGUGAGGCUGGGGUUGUUCUUUUUUUUUAAAAAAAAUAACCUCCUUCUUUUCGUAAAGAACAAUACAUGCUUGAAAAAUAUCAGUCAGCAUAAUAACAAUACGAUCUACAUGAUAAUUAAUGAAAGCAAAAAGGGAUGUAUCCACAACAAGGUCAACUCCAGGGUCAUUUCAACCUGUUGCUGUAAAAUGGACUAAUAUUAUAUAUGGCACUAACUUAUAAGCAGGAUAGUUUGAUAAGUCACUAUAACAAACUACUGCAAUUUGAAUGAAUUCUUGAAUAGUUCUUUUAAAAACAAAAGGAAACUAAAAUGACUUCUAAGGACAAAUAACUUAAUCAUACCUGGAAAAUAAAAAAGCUUUAGAUGGUAAGCGUUCAGAUGUGUAAAAUCUCACCAAAAGAUGAUAGUUAAAUUAUGUCCAAUGAUGUCUUAAUUCUCCUCAGAAUUUCUAAUCUAGAAUAUUCGCUUCAAUGGUUCAUGUCUAUAUCCCAGAUUAUAGACUUUUAAUGAAAAUUUACAUUUUGCAAUAACCUUGAAUCCUUGCUUUAAAUAUUGAAUUGAUGUUACAUUUAUUUAUAUUUGUGUUAAGUUGAUUCUGGUAGAGUGCCACAAAGAAUCGAGGUGAAGAUACCAUGGUCCAAAGCAGACAAAAAAGCCAAAGGUGACUGUUUUGCUACUGUCAAGUAUCCUGUUUGAGGGAGACUUUAAAUCGAAUACAGUUGAUUAACUUUGUGUCCAUGCAAUGAUAAUUGGCAUUUGGGCAUGCAGGUCUUAAGGCUUAGUAUUAUCAUCAUAAUUGUGCAUUGAUUUUAAGACCUGAAUUUGUUGUUCUUCAAUGUACUUCAGGAGUUCUCUAGUGCUGUUCCACUUUUCAUCGAAAGCACCAAAGAUUAAUAGCAUUAUUAAUUUUGUUUACCUAAAACAAUAAGUUUAAAAUAUGCUGUAGCUACAUGAUCACUUAUUUUUUUUGUAUUGUUGAAUUAACCAAACUGAGACCAUGUUUCUUUUGGGCACCAUUUUGAACCUUGCAAUGCUGAUGUGAUGGUCAUUUUUUAAAAUAAGUUAUUAAGCUCUUCCAUUUUCACAAUAAUCUCACUGCAGGUGUGACACUAUCUCUUUGGGCCAACCCAUUAAACUGCGAGUUAUGCCCAGUUACUGCCCUUUUCACAUGGUUACUUAUUACGGGUUAGUAGAUAAUUGUAUUUGUCACAUAAUUUAAGCCCUAUUUUAGUUUGUAAUAUUUAUAUUAUGUGCCAUCUUCUUUGAAGAGAUUGAUCAUGUAAUGUAACAUUCCAAUUGAUUUGGUGUUACAUUUUUAGGUUAAUCCAUAAUGUUGGCUUUGAUUCUUGAUUUUGGUACUUUUUCCUUUAUGCUACAGCUAUUUUUUAUUUCAUCUGCAGGAAUUAGGAAAGGGCAAAAUUAUAUUUUUCCCCGAGUUGCUAAAAACAACCGAGCAGUCCUUCCUAACUGUGCUCGAGGUGUUACUACAUACAGGAAAACCUUUUUGGAGGUACAUGUGCUCUUUCGCUUAAUUAACAACAAGCUAUCAGUUCCAGCAGUACCUGAGUUUUGAGCUGUUGAUGUAAAUAAAUGGUGCACUUUUUGGCCAAUUUACAUGUGCCAUUUAGGCACCCUUGACAAUCAGUGUAAACAACAAAAAAUCAAUUUGGAUAUACCGGUACCUUUUAUUUUACUUUCUGCUCCAAAGUAGUCUUUACUUGGAUAAGCCCUGUCAAACUUGUUAUUAAAAAAAACUGUCCUCAUUAAUAUAAUGUAAUAACAAAUUGGUGUUACCAGACUUGUCAUUGUUGUGGAGCUGUGCCAAGCGCAUGCCAACUGCACUUUGUCCAAUUGUUUUUGUUUUGUUUUUGUUUUUGUUUUUACUGUGGCAAUGUCAAAGUGUCUAGUGGGUGAAAGAUGGAAGAUUUAGUUCGGUCAGCCGGAUUGAAAAUAAAAAAUACCUAAAGAAACACAAGAAGUCUCUGAAUAGUAGGCCCAGGUACCCCAGGAUGACUUAAAAAGUGAACAUUUACAGUAUGGAUUAACAGAAUGGAUGAUAUACUGUAAAAAAUGUUCCUGUUUUUCUCUAUGUUUUACUAUGCUCAUUUUUAAGAUUAAAAUUAAGGGAAUUACCAGUAUUUCAAGUGAAAAAUGUUUCAACAACAUCAUAAUUUUUUUUUUUUUGAAAAUGCUAAAAAUUUGUGUCAGUUGGGCGACACUAAAUGGAGGAAAAAGAGAGAGAGGAUGGCCUUACCUGUGGAGGCAAAUAGAACAUCUAUUUUAUUUCUGUUAUGUUUAUUUUGAACCUAUUUUUAAGCAAGUUAGAACUGUUAGAGUCGUGUAUUUUAUUUAUGUUUUUGCAUUUAAUAGUUCAGUACUGAAAAUACCUCAUUUUAAUAAUGUACUGCUGAAGCUUAUUUUUUCUGGCCGCCACCUUACGAUGCAUGCCCAUUGAGGAAUACUCUGUGUAAUACUAGUCAAUAACCUUAAAUAUUUGAAAUCUCCUUUGUAUUUUACCAAGAUUUAUAGUGUCUAGGUCAGAAAAGUUGCAGUAGGUUCUGGAUACCAUUUUAUUUAUGGCAUAGCAUUUCCACUUAUUGUUUUAGAUGUCAAAGGCUCUUUUUGGUAAAGAGUUCACCACACACAGCAUCAGACGGUCUGCGGCCCGAUGGGCUGCCAGAUGUGGGGCCGAUGACACCUCUAUCAAAAGAGCAGGCAGAUGGUAUGUGAUCUCGUGUUUUUUAUUUGUAACUUAGUAUUGUCUCAAUAUGAAAUAUUUUUAUUUAAAUAAAUUAUCUGUCUUAUUCACUGUUUAGCUCUCUCUGUAUAUAUAUAUAAAUAUAUACACAAGUUUAUAUACAUGUAUCUCAUGUUUUAUUGGUCUUUUGCUUAAUGUAGAAACAGUAAAAUAGUCUAAAUCAAGUGUUGCAUUCAAUUUCAGGAAGUCAAACAGUUUUGAGCUCUACACUCAAGAUGCCAGAGCUGAAAUGAUAAAAGAGCAUCAUGAUGGCCAACCAGUCUCUGACCACAAGAUCUGGAUUUUCAAACCCCUGAGAUAAUUAAUAAAGAAUAUAUUAACCUCAAUGUGCACCAUCUUGCAGUGACGUUUUUCUUUUUGUAAAGCUUUUUUACCCUCCCCCCCCCCUACCAGUCACCUUGGAUUGAUUCUGACAGGUCAUUAUAGUGGAGCUCUUACAGGCACAAAGCGUGCGCUGCAGAGCAGCCAUGCUAAAGAAAAUUUGGUAACCUAUGCAUCCAAGAAAUUUCGAUAGUCGCAUGACCCUGUGUCAGCCCCACUUCUAGAACCACAGCCACCCCAAUAAAAAGAUAACAGGUAUGGACAAAAAUGAAAUGAACCAAGUUAUUAUCAUUAACUUCCUUUUUUACUCAGGAUGCAGUAGAUUUAAAUAAAAUUUACACUUAUUAACACCUAUUAAGAUAUCUUUUCUCCUUUAAAUCAUGGUUGUGCUAUCGUAUCAUGGUUUAUGUAAGUAUGUACAGAGUAGUUGUAACCCCUGUGAAAUGACAAACAUGCAAUCAGAAAUGCAAUCAGAAAUGUUACUAUGAUUCUGACCUGUAGAAGUGUCUUUUGGUGGCUUCUGUGAAGAACUGCAGAAAUGUUACUUGUCUUUGGAAUCAAGAAUUUUUCCUUGUUCAGACAUGUGUACAAUAUUAACAAUUGUUAAAGGAACCACAGUGUUAUAAUUUAUGCAAACCAUAUGGAGGGUCCACCAGGCUUGCGCCCAGCAUACAUCUGUAGUGCUGAAAAUACAGUGUUUUGGAGACUAUAGUUCUUCCCAUGCUCAUGCCUCAAGGUGAUGGAGAGAUGAGAUUGAUCAUGGGAAUGACAUUGUAUCGCUAGAAUGUUAAUUUAAAAUUAAAAAAAAAAGCCCUUCAUUUCUCAGGGGCACCUGACGAGAAUAUAGGUGAAAAUCUACAGUAUUGGGCAUUUUGGGUUCUCUUUUGUACAGAAACACAGUUUCAAACAUUUUCUCCUAAAUUUGUGCAUUAUUUCUCACAAUAUACAAUUAUUCCCCGAAGGAGAGGUGAAUGGUGGUGGGUAUAUACCGAGACACGAAGCGUAGAGGUAUAUAUCCACUGCUAUGAACAGAGCCUGAGGGGUAUAGUUGUUUUAGUACUUACCAAAUCAGUUGGGUUAAAAUCAAUAAAAAGGAAAUUUUUGUACUCAAAACACGUUCCUUAAUUGGAGUUUAUUAUGUUUCAAGUGACAGUGUUCGGGGGAUUAUUUUUAUAAUUUUCUUGCAAACCCAGUGAGAAAGUUUUUUUUUUCCGACCUGUAAACCGUCUGUCAAGCAAACUUUUGUCUCUUUUUAGGUAUUUGUUAGUACAGAUGCUUCAUCUUCCGCUAAAAUUGCAUCUUUCGAAACUGUCGCGAAAGGAGACGCCACUUUGAAACCCGUUCAAAAACAGUGAAAUGCCAAGGGAACCAAUCGAAAAUUGCUAUCCACUGAUUAGGUGAAUACUAAAUUUGCCUAUUACCCUGUUGUUUACUCAUGCAUAACUAACAGUGAUAAUGAUGAGGAUGGUAAAAUUAUCGCUACACCUACACAUCUCCUCCCUCCAACUCCAAUUCCCCCUCCCCCCUACCCCAAUAGAAAAAAUAGAUUUCUUGAUCUGCAUAACUUUUCAGAUUAAACUCGGCUGACUAACUAAAAACACCUGGGCCGGGUUGUUCAAAGCCGGGUUAACAUAACCCAGGGUUAGUAAAAAAUUUGAAUUCAGAUAUGAAAGCUUAAAAUGCAAAUGCAGUUUAAUUCUUUUUUCUACAAUUUGAUGAUUAAAUACUCUAAAUAGAAUAGGGAAAAUUUCCGAGAAAACGCUUUUGAUGAAAAGAAAAAGAAACCCGGGUUAAAAUUUAACCCUGGGUUAGCGCUAACCGGCCUCCGAACAACUCGGCCCAGUAUAUCAACGAUAACAAUAAUGAACAAAGAAAUGAUAUGAAAACUUGAGACGAGUGCCGAAAUGAGUCUGACCUGUCUGUAAUGGUAAAGUUUUCAAAAAACGUAACUACGUACACAGUCCAGAAGCGCUGCUCUCCAGCCCCAGCAACCCAGCCGAGAGCUUAUUUGCGAGACGAUCUCAGAGUCAUUCGUGACGUAACUUGCCUUGGUUCAGACGAUGCUUCAUCCGAUGAUUCAUCCUCGCUCGAUUCUUCACGUAUUGCCCCAAAGUGCUGAAGGGCGUGAGCAGUGGACAAUUCUUGUGGAAUGUCUUCUCCGAGUUCUGUACGGCACUCAGGACAAGGAACACCGCAAUUGAAGCAGACUGGCAUGUCGUUAAACCAAGGCAUAGUGAAGGGUUCGUUGACGGAGAAGGCGCAGUUUUCUUUAGGAUAUGCUGGAUCUUUUCUCCGCCAUUGAUCUUGGCACCAUUCGAUCAUUCUUUUUGUCGGUCUAUCCCCUGGUUUCCAUCCCUCUGUUGCGGUCUUAAUUUCUGCUUCUUCCAUUCUAGCUUUCAAAUGGUCGAACGGUCUCGCCUCUAACAGCUUGCACACGAAAUUUGCAACAACUUCGUGCAUUUUCCACGUGAAUUUCAACCUUUCCAUUCUCCGUCUCUCUACCUUGAACCCCAGCAUUAAAAUGAACUGCCAGACAGCAAUAUCGUACAGAGGUCUGAGAAACGACAAUAAAUUUGAAGAAGGCAUGAUGAGAGAGAGAGCAAACAGUCGUAGCGUGACAAUCGAUUACGCGUUACCUCAGGCCUCUGGUUGGAUUCUGGACACAAUGCCUGGUUGAUCGUUGGUGAUCGUCGGGUAUUCUCGACCCCAGUGCUUAUGGGUUCUUCUCUUCAUGCGCAGAAGAGCUCUGGGCCGAGAUUGAUCGUCUGGUCAUUUGCAAAAUGUCGUCUUCGUCGUCCACGUGUACUGCGUCAACGCAAACAGUCGUUUCGAAGGUAAAACAUGUACACCCCCUAUUUUCCGAUCUCCUUGAUCUGGCAAUUUAUUCCUUCGGUUGUCAGAGCGGUCUACGAGCUCACCAUAAAGUUCGUGGUGGUCCAGUGCUGGAAGGAGUCUCAGCGAUUCUGGGUCGAAUGUUGUUGACCAGCAACCCAGAGACGAAGGCAGCGUUCGAAGAAAUGACACCUACAAGGCUAGGUAGCUGAUUAUUUUUAAAUUUUCGUUAUUUAGGGACAGUUUGGUUGAAACCUUGAAGGCUUUCCUUGGUCACUACUGCCCCGCGCGAGCAAAAACAAAAUUGCUUGCGUGUCAAAUCGGGUAAUGCACUAGUCAAUUGUAAUCUCGACCCUCAAACCCCCGCGGAUAGUAGGCAUUUUACGGCGCAAUAGUGGGGGAAAUACGGAGAUUUUACAUUGAUUUCUUGCAUCGGUCCCUGGAGGAAUACCAGAAAUUUACGGCUUAUACCUCUCCCGGGGUGGGGGUGGGGGUGGCGUUUUUUUGUUUCAGUGUUUCGGUCACGUGAUUUGUUUGCCCGCGAAAGAAGCAGACAUGGCGGACUCGAACGCUGUUGGGAUUAAUGAAAUGUUUCGCCGGCUUAGGUCAGCAAAACUUUCGCAUGUAGCAGACAGGGUCCCAAAGGGGUUUAGGGCUCCUGGGCUCCGGACCAAAAUAAACAGGGCUCCAGGGCUCCAGGGCUCCCGAGAAAUUUAUCAAGGGCUACAGGCUCCGCCCUUUUUUUUAUUUUUUUAUUUUAAAAUCCAAAACCAAAUCCUAGAUGGAAGGUGUUGACAGGCCAAACACCACUCAUAAGCUCGUGAUAGUGUGAUACAUGACCUUAUAGUUUUGCUCUAAUAAGGAGAUCUCCCAGCGGUUUUGCUCUUUUAUAUGAAAUGAUGGGAGGCUCGUUGUAUAUUUCUCUCAGCAGCGGUUGAUUUUGAAAUAAAGUGCCAUUUGCUCAUUAAAAUGUUUUUAAGGUUCUGCAAAGCAGGGUGGUACGUGGUAAUGAAGGCAGAAUUUUCUUUCUGUCGUUGUUCUUUUGUAAAGCUGACUUCUGUUCGGUAAAUUCAACCCCAGAGGUGAUUUCUUCUAUGAGAUUGUGAGGGUAACCUCUAGCGCGAAGGCGUUUUUUGAAGUUCUAGAUGUUCUCAUGGGAGGAUUUUGCUGAGGAGUUUGUUCUCAGAAGUCUAAGGGCUUGGCCUUUUAUGAGACCUUUUCUGACCCCGUGAGAGUUACAGGCAGAAAAAUGCGUGUAUUUAAAAGUCUCCGUAGGGUUAAAAUGUACGUGGAUCUCAAGGAUUCCUUGGUUGUGAAAUCUCUCGUCUUUGUUAACAGUUGUAAGCAUCUCUUGCAGGUUUUUCCCUGAGUUUUCACUCAUAGUAAGAUUUUAACAAUUUGUUUCUUAACCAAGACUGCAGUUUCGGAACUUUAGCGUUCCUCGUCAGUUGCUAGCAAAGUCUUAGGUGUGUAGAGCGAAAAUGGCUGUAUAAAUACUGGUCGCUAGGAUCGAAAAUACUGGCUUGCCAUUGGCUGGUGGAAACGAAACCAAUAUUUGAUCCACGUUGUUUUGUGUUUUCAGGUCAAAAACGCUAGGUUUUGGGUGAGCAAGAGAGAUAGUAUCUCACUGGAUAGUAGUGAUGCAAAGUCACUAGCCUUUGUUAGUGUCUGAGAGAGUUUGAGAGAAUCUUUCUCCAUAGAUUAGGGGUAUUUUCUCGUACACCUCUCGAAAUCACCCGAGUACAUUUCUUUUGAUGAGGUAACAUGAGAACCAAAUUUUUGCUGUAAAAAAUAUCUGACACUACAGUCGAAAGGUGCUAUGUUGGUUUUUCCAAUCUCUAGGUAGGACAAAAGCUUAAAGACCUAAAUCAAGCAAUAUAUAUCUCAGUAAUUUAGAGUUUAAACUUUAAUAAAUGAUGCAGUUAAAAAGUAGUAAGUUUGGAUUGCAGCGCACCCCCAGAAUAGCAUCAUUACAGUGAAAAGAAUGAAUGUAAGUUAGCCUCAGUCUAGUUUACAGUGUACUGGUUUUGUUACUAUCUUCCUUCCGAUUCCGAGCAAACAACAAACAAAGCACAUUAUGACGCUAUCUGUGUGCAAAAAUGUCCGAAUUUUAAUAUUUGGGGCUACGGGCCCCGCAGAAAACGUUUUGAGGGCUCCAGACUCUACAGUAAAAUAAUAAUAGGGCUCCGGGCAACAAAACGAUGGGGCUCCGGGCUCCAUGGAAAACAUUUUAGGGCUCCCGGGAUCCGGCCACCCCCCCUUUGUGACCCUGUUCAUUGUAUCGACUUAUUUACUGGCUGUAGAGGUAGGGGAAAUUUCCUUCUGAAUCUGUCCCUGGGGCCUGGGGGAAGUUUCUAAAAUUACAGAGCUGCUCGUGUGAAUUCCCCCACUAUUCCCCGGGGGCUUGGGGGUUGGGGUUACAAUUGACUAGUGCAUCACUGUCAUCAUGGCAUAUCUUUUUCCAGGUUGAGGGGUAGUUAGUACCUAUUUAGAAGCUGCGGGAAGUUAAAAACUUAAGUCUGUCAGACUUGCAGCGAAACUCAAAAGAAAUCCUCCAAAGCAAAAUUGGGCUAAACCUCAUUGAUGUAACUGUUCAGAUAUAGGAAGCUGUAAAAUCACCGACUGCAGAGUGAUAAUUGAUGUGACCAUGCAUGAUGAAGAGCCCCCCUUGUUUCUGAUGUGUUCAUCAGGUGUAUAUACACAUUUUAAUACUUACUUCAAUGCCUUUAGGUAACUGGAAACCAGGGGAGAUCCCCACAAAGGAACUCCUGACCCUGAUCUCUUCCAGAAUAAAAAUGCAGAAGACGAAUGGAGUGAUCAGUGAAGCUGGAAAUCCUCAAGUGCCUUCACUGUUACUUGAGGAAGAGCAAUCUUUUUCUGAGGAGGAAGAUCGCGUAAAAUACCGAUAUUUCCCCAGAUGUUGGAGAUGCGGGCAACAUUGCCAGUUUUGUAUAAAAAGGAAGAAAUUUUUUCCCAAAUUUGGAAGUUUCACCAUGGAGUAAGUCUAUGUUGUUUUAGGUGUUACCAGGUGCAUGUAGCCCUGCAGAAGCAUGUAACUCUGUUCCUUUGCAUGUUUGCUGUGUUUUUUUGGAGAACCAAUCAUUAAGUGGCUAAAAAACCCAAGCAUAGUUCUAAACACAUAAGGCGAAGGUAGAUGAGGUACUGAUUUUGUUUUCAGUUUGUAAAACAUUGUAAGGUGCAUUGAGCUUUGUAAUUGCACCAUAUAAGAAUGUAUUUAUUAUAUUUGGCAAAGAUCCAGACUGUCUGAGACAGGAGUUUGAAAGCAAGUGAAGAAAUAUUAGUCGCAUUCUGCAAGACUAAGUGCUUUUCAACUGUUGCUACUGUUAGGAUGAGGACUCAUUAGAAUAAUAUUUGUAAUGCUGUAAAUGAAUACCCUAUAGCACCACAGUUUAGCAUUUAACAUAAUUUAGAGAAAUUGCUCCAGACAUUUUGACUGAAGAGCAUGUAAAAUAGAUGCAUAAGUUAAAUGACAAAUUUAAGUAUAAUUUCCUCUUCUCUACAGAUAUGCCUCUCCCUUCCUUGAUGUGCUGGAGGACAUUCUCAAAGAUGACCCUGAUCAGGAUGAUCAGGAGGAAGAAGAGGAAGAGGUGAUGGAGUCAGAGGAAGAGGAGAUACAUUAUGAGAACUAUAAGAAAUGUAUCUCUAGAGAAGAUAUGAGUGAAACAGAGGAGGAAGAUGGGGAAAACCAUGAAGAUGAAGGUGGAGACGAAAAUUCUGACCAUGAUGACGUGGAAGGGAUGAAUGAAGAGGACAUUAUUUGACGUUUGGCUAUUUGGAGAAGACCGAAAUGCUGAUAUUGUAUUAACAUAUUAUUAUUUUUGUAUAUAACUUGUAUCAUUAAUUUUUGUAACAUACCCCUUUUUGUGUCCACAGCCUCCUAUAUAUUACACCUUUGUUGGCCAAUGAUGAGAAACAAUAUUGAAAUCAUGUUAAAAGUAAUGUUAAGUGAUUGCCAGCUGAUUAAUUUUUGAGUGGUAGUUAUGUGUCAAUUUUACAUAUGUUUUCAACAAUGUUGUCGGCUUUCUUGUCGUUUACCACAGCAGUGCUUGAUUUCGAACAAGCUGAAUUCAGCAAAUUUUUUCAUUUAUGUAAUGGCUUUAAUGAACUUUCAUUUGGAAUCCUUGACAUCAUACCAGAUGGCUCUGACAAUUUCUGCUGUAUUUUUUAUUCAUAGGGAAAUGGGACGGGGUUUUUGUGUUUAUGCAAAUCAAAAGAACCGUACUCCUUAACAUGAGAAUUUUAAGUCUUCUACUUUAUCUUGAAGUAUAUUAUCCGAUGUUUGUGCUUUUGGUUAAACUGGAUGUCCCCACUAAAAAAAUAGCAAUAAAGUUGAAAGCACCCAAUGAAAAAAUCUUUAAUUCCAGGCAAUUAAUAAUUUUUAAAUCAACCCAAAGUCACUUGAGGCAAGUUUGUAACAUCCCCCCCCCCUGUAUUGUUAAAGUUUAUUUCAUGUAUGAGUUUGAUCUUCCUACUUGCACAAGAUGUUUGAUAAUUACUCUUCUAUGAGAUGAGGUGGUAAUCUUUCACAACUAAUUCCAUUUUAGAUAUCCUGUAGUUUUUGGUUUGAAGAGAUACUAGUCAUCUCUACCUGAAAUCAUGAACGCUCUAGAGAGAUAUUUUGUUGUGCGCUUUUUAAACGUCGGAUUUUACAAAACAGAGUUUUCGAGUGAAAGGGCUAAUGUUGUAAAAGUUAAGAUAAUUUCUCAUUUCCCAAAUAACUUAUCAUUGUAUUUCUGGUACGUAGCCAUCUUUUUGACUGGGUCUAGACCUGGCUGGCUUUCAUUUCCACAUCUCCUGAAAAUAACACGCAUGACUAAGACGCACUGACUUUACCAACACUUUGAGCUCUUGAGCUUUUUAGCUUAUCCCAACAACCCAUAAUUAUUACAAGCGGUAGAGUGUUAAAAAAAAAAAUUAUAGGUCUGGGCUCAUUAUGGGUUGGCUACGCCCCUGUACGUUUAGUUGUACCGUAUUUGGUUUCUUGGGAGUGGUCCGCAUAUGGAAUAAUCACAUGGAUAUAUAGAUAUUGUACCUUUACCGAUUAUCGAUGUUGUUAAUUAUUAUUUGCAAAAUUAAAGGACAGAUAUGUGUUUUAUUUCAACUGGCUCUAAUGUACUUCAUAGGAGAUGAUAGGAGAUCAAGUAAUUUUUGAGUAAAGCCGGGCAGUUUGGACCAAUUGUAGGGCAAAGUUGAGCCGGUGCUCAGCCAAGUUGAGUUCUUUACGUAUCAAUACCUUGUAUCCCUACGUUGUUUCGUGUGCACAGUGUUCAGAAGGAAUAUACAGCGGACAGAUAAAUCCAUUCGUGUAACCAAUUUUGUGCAAAAUCUCGAGGCUAAAUUAUAGUUUUAUAUUGCGGUCGCUGUUAGAUUUCGUUAAAGUAAGAGGACCUUUUGCGUCUUCCUCUUGCAUUAAUAGCUGGGGUCUACAUGCAGUGCCUAAACCAUCACCGAUUAAUCAGGACGUUUUUGAUGCAAAUUUAAUCCGUGGCCUCAAUAACUUUGACACCCGCCCCAGUGAGUUAAAUUGGAAGGGUAACUUUAAAAAUAUGAAUUUCCCAUGGUUGGGGAAAGGCGCAUUUAAAGACCGCUUUUAGGUGACUUUUACGUGAAUAACUCGUUGUGGGUAUCAACAAAGUAAGAAAAAAAAAAAAACACGGCCACACCAGGGACACUCUUGACGUUGACCAGGGACUUCCUUAUACUGAACGCACUUCCAAAAGUAAUGGGCAUUGUGUAGGUAAAAAAAAAAAUUAUUAAAAAUAUCUGUUCGCAGGACUAUAUAUCACCUAGAAAUUUCUAUAGCUCAAAAAAGGCUACAAAUAAACUGGAUAACUGUUCCAUUCAUCUAAGAUGGUCUGAGUUUUCCUACUAAGUUCCCUGCGAUUUUAGGAAGUUUCUUUUUCCCGUUUGAAACUAGGGCUAACUAAAUAAUCAGUGUUCUCUCGUCGUUUCGAAAGUCCCCGUCGGGGUAGCCAUUAUAAAAACCUUCCCUAAAACAGUCCAGAAGGCCAAAGCUCCCCGAAAACAUCCAAACAGGUUGAUAGUUUUAAAGGCUGCUCACACCAACUUCUAAAGCAUAGAGAAAACAAUUUUAAACACGUCGGACGUGUUUGGAAAGAUUCGGUUGUUGUGUGCCCUUGACGAUACAAGCUGAUAGUGCAGAUACAGAAAGAAAAAUCUCAAAUAGCUGAAUGAAUGGUAGACAGGGGUGGGGGUAGGCAGUUUGAGAUACCAGAUUUAAUGUAAAACAAACGGCUUUGAUGACUCAGAAUGACUCAGGCUGGAAUUAGGCCGUCAUUACUAAGAGAAAGUUUGAGAUGUACAUGAUCAAAAGCCAUUAUGGCCAUAGGCGUACGGGCAAUUUUUUGCCAGGGGGGGCGGUAAUCCAUUUGCCCAAAAAAUUCUUGCAAGUUGCCCAAAUUUUUACAAAACAGUCGAAAGGAAACUAGGGCCAUGCAACAAAAUAGGCCGUACUGGCAUAUGAAAGUGGCUCGAUACAGUUUUUCAGAGUCAAUACCUGCCAAGUUUGAGCAUAAACUACUUCGCCACAAACAAGCAUUUGGAAAAAAUUGCCACCACAGUUGUAUUAGAUAAAGAGGGAAAUUUGUCAUGAUCAGGAUUGCACUGACAUCGGAGCUGUCAUAGCAACGAAAUGACGCCAUUACCUAUUAUACUUGCAGCAAUAUUUCUCACUGGGAACUGUUCUUACAAAAUCGUUCAGGGAAGCUCUUUCCUCCAAUAGUCGCCUCGAUGUACGUGAAGUUAAAACGGAACUGUAAGAGUGUUAUCGAGAUAUUUUGGGAUGAAGUUUUUAUUGUUAGAAAUAAGGUAAAAAAGGAAAAUCUUGAUGUUUAGAAAACGGAGUUUCAAUCGUAUUAAAAACGCGUAUGAAAGAUCAUGGAGAUAGCUCCUGCCAAUUGCUACUAAGGAAGGAUUUGAUUGGCGCUCGAUCUUGUUAGGGGUUUCGUAAACAUUUCGGUCUACUUAAACAAAUUAGUGAAUAAUUUUUAAACCCUUGAUAGAUUUUUUUAAGAAAUUUAUGAUUCUUCUCGUAAUUCAAACUGAGAAUUAGUCAGCCACUUCACUUUCAGACCCAUUGCUGAAGCGUGUUCUGCCACACACUAUUCUAGGAGCGGAGGUGAUUCUAGAAAGUUAUGCGGAAGUGUAUUCUAAUCAAUUCAUGACUGGAAAUAGCCCACUCUAGCUAGUACAGUGAAGUACAGUGCCCAACAACAACAACAAAAAAAUCAGCAUAUGAUACCCUUCCCUUAUAACCAGAAACUCAUCACGUGCUAGCUAGGCAACCACUGUCUCGUGUGAACGUAACUGAAUUAUUACGCCGACUUCUGGUUAAAAUAGAAAAUAUUUAUGUCUUCAAAAUAUAAUAAUAAUAAAAAACAUGGAAACGUCUUUAAAAACUGGCUUUGCCCAAGUUUUCUCUUGCUGCCCAAAAAAUCUGAGUUGCCCAAACUUUGGGGGGGGCUGCAGCCCCCCUCGCCCCCUCGCCCCCUCGGCCCGUACGCCUAUGAUUAUGGCUCUUGACAUAAUUGAGUAACAUUGAUCAUUAAAAAUAUGGUAUUUUAGAUACAUGAACAUGAUGUCAGCGUCAAGCGACAGUUUGAGAUACAAUUUGUAACUCAAAAUACGUAAUUUACCGGUGAAAUGAAAUUUAAAUUGAAGUUUAAUCCCUCUUUUAAUACUUAUAGUGGAACAAGGCCGAAUGUGCUAAACAUUUAAUGGUUCGCACAAAAAUUAGCACCACAUUUAGCGUUACCUCAAUGUAUGGCAUUACUAAUUCACCACAGUUUGAAAUGUCUCAAAAAUGUGGCACGUCUUCGGUGCCACAGAAUGAGAUAGAAUUUGUAACUCAAAAUAUGUCAUUUGCCGGUAAAGACAUAUUUUGCAAUAACGCAAAAGAUGACCGCACCAUAAGCCACAAGUUGCGAUAUCUCAAACUGUGGCCUUCUCUCUUUGCAAACGUCGAAGUUUCAUCCCUCUUUUAAUACUUAUAGUGGAACAAGGCCGAAUAUGCGAAACAUUUAAUAGUUCGCACAAAAAUUAGCACCACAUUUAGCGUUACCUCAAUCUAUGGCAUUACUAAUUCACCACGGUUUGAAAUGUCUCAAAAUGUGGCACGUCUUCCGGUGCCACAGAAUGAGAUAGAAUUUGUAACUCAAAAUAUGUCAUUUGCCGGUAAAGACAUAUUUUGCAAUAACGCAAAAGAUGACCGCACCAUAAGCCACAAGUUGCGAUAUCUCAAACUGUGGCCUUCUCUCUUUGCAAACGUUGAAGUUUCAUUCCUCUUUCAAUACUUAUAGUGGAACAAGGCCGAAUAUGCUAAACAUUUAAUAGUUCGCACAAAAAUUAGCACCACAUUUAGCGUUACCUCAAUGUAUGGCAUUACUAAUACAACACAGUUUGAAAUGUCUCAAAAUGUGGCACGUCUUCCGGUGCCACAGAUUGAGAUAACGCAAAACACGGCACGCAGGCGGUGGAUGUUUUUUUUAAUCCAAACAGCCUAUAAACGCUGUUUACCAGAGAGUAAAUUCCUUGAUCUGAUCCUUGAAGUGGCUUUUAAAAAAAUCAUAAUCCCACCACAAACACAACCCAGGAGCACCCAACGAUAAUAAAGUUCAAAACCGCUUAAACAUACCAGGUUGAACGUAUUUUGGUAUCUUAAAGGUAAAUAUAGGUAUCUAUUUAUCCCCCCAAAAUUUUGUAUCUGUUCGGAUUUCCUAGCUGAAAAGCUAGUUAUCGGAAAAUUAUAGGGAUCAAACCUUACCUUUUCGAAAAUUUCUGCCAGAAAAAGGGCUCUCGAAAAUUAUAGGUGACCUUUUUAGGGUACAUAUCCGUUAAAAUGGGCAAGUACACCAUUUUUGUAGACAUUCGAAAAUCUUAGGAGAGGCAGACAAGCGAGACAUUUUACAACAAACGUUCCGAAAAUUCUAGAUCUCAAAUCGUCUUUCGAACAGAUAUUUUCCGAAACUUGACGUUGUGUGGCCCUGACAACCGGAGCAUUAAAAAAAUGUCAAAUGAUUUCCACAGAUUGACACACCGUAUGCCAUGAUUUGAGCUGCACUUAAAACCUGUCUCGUUCAUUAAUCAGGACCACAUUUUGCGUUAACUCAAUCUAUGGUAUCGCAGUCCUGUACUAUAUAUAGCCCACGACUCUGAUGCCACAGAUUGAGUUAACGCAAAACACGGUAUCCCCCUGAAAGGUCAUAUUUUGCGUUAACUCAAUCUAUGGCGUGGCAGUCCUGUACUAUAGCCCACGACUCUGAUGCCACAGAUUGAGUUAACGCAAAACACGGUAUCCCCCUGAAAGGUCAUAUUUUGCGUUAACUCAAUCUAUGGCAUCGCAGUCCUGUACUAUAGCCCACGACUCUGAUGCCACAGAUUGAGUUAACGCAAAACACGGUAUCCCCCUGAAAGGUCAUAUUUUGCGUUAACUCAAUCUAUGGCAUCGCAGUCCUGUACUAUAGCCCACGACUCUGAUGCCACAGAUUGAGUUAACGCAAAACACGGUAUCCCCCUGAAAGGUCAUAUUUUGCGUUAACUCAAUCUAUGGUAUCGCAGUCUAUAGCCCACGACUCUGAUGCCACAGAUUGAGUUAACGCAAAACACGGUAUCCCCCUGAAAGGUCAUAUUUUGCGUUAACUCAAUCUAUGGCAUCGCAGUCCUGUACUAUAGCCCACGACUCUGAUGCCACAGAUUGAGUUAACGCAAAACACGGUAUCCCCCUGAAAGGUCAUAUUUUGCGUUAACUCAAUCUAUGGUAUCGCAGUCCUGUACGACUCUGAUGCCACAGAUUGAGUUAACGCAAAACACGGUAUCCCUCCGAAAGGGCAUACAGUGAAAUCUUUCUCAGCUCUCUAUAAUGCGGACACUAUUACGGACAGUUCGUUUGGCCCCAGAAAUGACAAAAAUAGUACAUUCCCUAACCCCGGUAACACGGACAGCUCUGUAAGGCACAGAAAGCCGACACUUGGUUCUGUCCGUUUUGUGUCCGUAUUAACGAGGCUUACUAUCCGCGAGAAAACACCGCAUUCUUCUGGUGAGAUGAAACGUUUAAUGGAGGGCGGUGUUUAUGGGUAGUUUUGCUACAUGUAUAUAUAUGUUUUGGUAGUCUUCUUGAAAUUUUAAUUUCCCUUUGUCUUUGGGUACAGUGAGAAGUGUAAAAUAUACUGUAAAAAAAUAAAUAAUUCAAAGAAAUAUAUCAUAAAAAAAGGAAAACAUUUAACAACGGCACACGUAAACAUAUAUACCAAAAUUCAAUACAGGUUGGCAAUUGGGCAUACAUAACGAUACCAUGAUUUACUUGAGUGAUCAGAAAACAAUGCAUUCUCAGGGCCUAAAUACCAAUCCCAAAGCAACCUUUACUGAAUCAGAUAUUAUAAUGACAUGUUUGUUUAAUGUAUUCACUUCUCAUCUUUCGGUUUCCACAAGCUAACUAAGGGCAUUUAUCAAAGUCAGAACUGGCCAGCUGGAGUGGUAGGCAAUUUUCAAGCAUUUUUACUAAAAUCCUAUUGCUGCAUUGCAUAAUAAGGUCAUGAUUUAUAGUGGAUUUAUAAACUGGCCAGGGUGGCUAGUUUUGCCUUUUAGUGAGCAGGCUAAGACAGUUAGUGAUGUUCACCAAUCAUUUCCGUCUCGUAUACUUUAUUGUAAUCAUACUAAGUUUGUGAACACUUUGUAACCAAGACAGUUUUUGUUCACCAACCUCUACUUACGUUUAACAAACCUUGUUUUGUAAAUUUAAAAAUUUAAAUUGGAGUAAAGAAAUUAUAAACUUAAAAGUGAUUAAGCUUUUAACCUAAUUUCGGAAGAAAGUUAUUAGUUAAGUACAAUUCUAACGAGCAUGCAUUGCCAGGAUACAACAAAAAGGCGGAGCCAAUGUCACAACUUGAAGUAAGACAAAAAACCUCUACUUAGGUUUACUAUUUAGGAUUUUAUAUAACUUCCCUGGCCUCAGUUCAUUAUACUGAGUAAAAACAAGGUUUUCAUCAAAAUUGUAUUUCUUAAAUAAGUUGUAUAUAUAUUUCCUUUGACUAAACAACGAAGAAUUUUUUCCACUUUUAGAUUUAUGAUUUCUCAUAGCAACUGUCCACUUAUGAAGUGGAGGACAGUUUAUGGUUCCAACUUCCCAGAGGUCUUUCACCUGCUGCAGCUUCUCAAUGUUUCGUGGUAUAGACAAUGAAUCCAGCCAUUCAACCAAACAUGCAGAUCCGUACUCCCUAAACAUUGCUAACGUUGCAGGGUCAGUGAUAGCUAUAGAAACAGCAGGUCGGUUGUCUGCAGGUGGGACUAAGGCAGAUGUAGGAAUAGACUGAAUUUGUGCAACUGAUGCAGAUAUAGGGCUGGUUGUAGAGAUAGGGACAGUAGGUUGAUUGCUGGCCAGAGAAUGUGUUGAUCGAAUAGCACAGUUGAUUGACGAGGAGAUGAGGGAUGUGCUAGGGGUUGACAAACUAGGUUGGUUGAUGCCAGAACGAACAAAUGCUGUUGUGGAGAGUGGUGCACUAGGUUGCUGGUUUGUAGACUGGAUGAAAGGUGCAGGAUGUGUGGACAGAGUAGUAUGGUGGGUUGCAGAUGAAAGGAAUGAUGUUCCGGGCGGGGAGGGCGAGGCUGGGGUUGGUAGAGCAGCUGAAGGCUUUGAAGAAAUGAUGCUGGUUGAAGCUGAGGUUGGUAGAGCAGCUGGAGGGUUUGAAGAGAUGAUGCUGGUUGAAGCUGGGGUUGGUAAAGUAGCUGGAAGGUUUGAAGAAAUGAUGCUGCUUGAAGCUAGGGUUGGUAGAGCAGCUGGAGGGUUUGAAGAGCUGAUGCUGGUUGAAGCUGGGGUUGGUAAAGUAGCUGGAAGGUUUGAAGAGAUGAUGCUGGUUGAAGCUGGGGUUGGUAAAGUAGCUGGAAGGUCUAAAGAGAUGAUGCUGGUUGAAGCUGGAGUUGGUAAAGUAGCUGGAAGGUUUGAAGAGAUGAUGCUGGUUGAAGCUGGGAUUGGUAAAGCAGGUGGAAGGUUUGUAGAGCUGAUGCUGGUUGAAGCUGGGGUUGGUAAAGCAGGAGGAAGGUUUGAAGAGCUGAUGCUGGUUGAAGCUGUGGUUGGAGAAGUAGCUAGACUGCUUGUAGAAGGGAUGGUGCUGGCACUAUUGGCCACCAUUGAAAUGAAAACAGAAGACCAAUAGGCUACUUGUCUUGCUGCAUGAAGUGCAGGGCCAACAUCACUACCCGGAUGAUAAUCAUCAAUUUGCUGCGAGAUGUUCGACACUAAGUUAACCAGACUGCUUGGUGCAACUGGUCCUUGAUGAGGUGGUUGGCAAUCUCGACUGGCCACACAGUCUUGGUGCAAAACAAGACUUAUUGUUUUUGCAUCUUGCACUAUUUGUGAGGCAGACGGAAUUGGGUCUGAUAAAACCUUACAAAUCUUGUCUCGGGAUUUCAAUUUCUCUAAUACCAUGCAGAGAUCUGACUCCUAGAAAAGAAAAAACAACUGUAAAACUCUUUCACACAAGCAGCCACAUGAUGCAUAUGUUGCAGUUUAGCAUACAAGCUGAAAAGCUCUAUUAAGAUCUUAUUUGCUUCUUUACCUGUUUGACGAAAAAACUGUCUCAGUCUUUUGUCAAGUGGUUUAUACUUUUGAUACAUUGUAUAAGGAGAUGAAGCUAGAAAUAAGAAAACGCUAGAGCAACCUACGAAAAAAAAAAAUCAACAACGGAAAUAUAACCCAAAAUUCUCAAACACGGUUUCUGAAAGUAAGUUGGCCCAAUUUCAACCAUAUUGGUGCACAGGCAAUAGAUAUUUUGCGGCAUCUUGGCUGGAUUAAUAUUAUGACAGAUCAUAACACCGAAGCUAAUUUCAAUGUUGAUGCAUACCACAGAAGAAACAGCAAUAGUUCUUUGACACAGAAGGAAAGUUUAUGUUACAUGGAGCAGGGAAUAAUAUCUUCUAAUACACUGGUCACCCUAUAAAUCUACUUAAAUACAAAAAGAAUCCAUACAUUCUGCACCUGCUCAAAAUGCUUGGACCCUGUUUAUUAUGGUGAUAAACAUUGACAAAAUCACGAGAGAAAUCACAACGUACGAAACAGAAAAUAUCACUUGGAUUCUUAAAAACAUUGGAGGAUAACAGCCAUAUUUCAGCUUGAUGUGCAAGACGAACACAAACUGAUAAUUUCCUCUCCUUUGGAAGCAUCUUAAGCUAAGUAAACUCAAAUCAAAACAAAGCUGUAAACGUUUUUGCAGAUAACAGUGAAUUACAUAAUAAUUUAUAAUUUGACUUGUGUCAUGACAUGUACUUGUAAGCAAUUUAUCAAGUGCGACGAGACAUGUAGCUAAUGCUUCUCUUAUACUUCUCUGGUGUUUAUGUGUAUGCAUGUUUGACGUGUUUUACCUUUUCACUCCAAAACUGAAUGAUAAUGGUGGUUCUAACUUUUGAAUCUGUGGAUGAAAUCCUAUGGUGGGACCAUUCAAAUGAAACCUCUCCCCCUGUUUUUCAGCAUUUGUUACUUUAGCCCCAUCUGGGAGUGAAAUGGUUAAGUAAACACCCAAAUGCUACUUAAACUAUUUGACAUGCAUUCGGAAGUGGUUUUCUGCAAUAAUUGGCCUGGUUGAUUACAAAGUGCUAACACAUGGUCGUAUUUUAAUCAGAUUUAAUGGCAUUUAACAUAUUACUCUUCUUUAUUAUUAAUAUACAGUUGUGUUGUCAAGGAGAGAAUACACUUACAGGCCCUUAGCAAAACUCUGUCAGGUGACAUGACCUUGUCAAUCAUAAAAAGUGAUAAGUCUUACAAAUUAAAGUUCAGAACACAGAGUGCAAUAAGAUUAGCAACACUGCUAUUUGGGUGGACACUCACAUUGACUGAGAGAUUAGUGAUAUGUGACAGAUUUUAAAAAGAUUGGAAAAGUGUUGUCUAGAAACAAGGCUUUGCCAUCCAAUAUACAAACCUUUUACCCUGUUUAAACUUUUUAAACCAAUAUAAAAGACAAAUAAAUAACAUCAAGAAUUUAUUCCCUUAUUAAUAAGGAAAUUAUCUGCCUUGUCUCACUCACUUCAUCAUUGUCACUGUCCUCACUGGAUAUUUCCUCCCCCUCGGAUUCUGGCCCCUCUGAACUCUGUAACAAAAGCAAACGAAAAAUUAAUGUGAUGUUGUCAUGAAGUAAACGAUACAACAUUAAACAUUUUCAUCAUUUCCUUGAAAGCUUUACUCACUCUCAAGGAAAACCACACUAGUUACAUUUGAUGGGAGAGGAAAGCAGCCAUAUCUCUGUAACUGCCCCAAAAUGAAAGUAAUAAAAACGGCAAAUGCAAAUUUAUAUAGGCCAAAUUAUAGACCAAAUUAUAAUAUACCACUAAAAGCAAAAUGUGAAAAAUAAUUUUUUACAAUUUGUUAUUAUCUCUCACAUGAUAAUAUUCCUAUGUAAAUGUACUAUCUUAUCUUAUUACAGCCUCAUUACAAUACAUCGGCUUGCAGGUAACAACGUUCGCCAAUAAAAACGGUAAUAUUAUAGUUAUAGCAGUGUUGCUUGCUAUCAGAAGCAAAGUAGAUACUACUGUAGAGUUCUGAAAGUAACAACCCUCCCCAAAAGUAGCGACCCUUCAAAAGUAGCGAUAUAAUUUCAAAGGUGUUAGGAAAUCCCGAAAGUAGGGACCCCCAGAAAAUAACGACCCACAACAGAAGUGACAUUUUUUUUCCUUUGUUUCCUAGCUCUAAUAAUAACUUAUUCAUUGGCUGGAGACAAAGGAAAUUCUGGUUUAACCUGCAACAUCUAUGCUACAAGAAGUACACUUCUCAAAGAAAGCGAUGACACACAAAAGGUUAAUAGUAUCAAAAUGGCCUGCAAUUCUGCAUUUAACUAUAACAAUAGUCACCUAGUGAAGCUGGGCAACACUUUCUUUCCAAGAUGCAUACUGAAAUCCACUAAUGACUAAAAUCUUACCCUAAAGAAAAAGGUGCAAGGUACAUUGUAAAUUUUAAAGGAAAAUGAAGUCCAUGGUACCCUGUAUGUGUCCACCUUACCUCUUGUUCUUGGUCAGAUUGAGAUUCUUCUGAUGAAUUCUAAAAAGUGCAAACAAAAGCAGUCGGUAAAUGAAGAAAAAUAA